AUGGCGUCAUACGGCGGGCACGUGCCGGAUCGGUCGCCUACGUCGGGGACGGAGAUACCGUUUCACGGCAGUCGGUGGCGCAAAUACCACGAGGCGCCGAACCAGCAGCGUGAGACAGUGCUGACAGAAGUAGAUAUCCAAAAAAUCAAGGAACUGGUGUCAGGCAACGCAACUGCGCCUGAGCGAGCAGCCGAUGCAGAGAAACGUCGCCAAGACCACUUGCGGUCAAUGAAGAAAGUUGAAGGCUGGACGAACACCUUGCAGUCGAACUUGGCGAAACGAGUAGAACAGAGGGCAAAGCGCCUGGCAGACGAAGAGGCUGCACGUGUGGCGAUUGACGAAGAAGAGGCAGUCCUGAAACACCAGAGACGUCUGGAACUGGUUCAACGAGCCGACGAAAUGCUUAUGGCAGACAACGAAAGAUUCCGAGCGUUGAAAACGGGAGUGAUGCAGAGCGAUUGGCUGAGGGGCCUCGAAGAACAGAAGAAGUGGAAAGCGCAACUUGCAGACAUGGAAGCCAUGCGUGCAGCCCACUAUGACAAAGUUCUCGCACGCACUGAGAAAGAAAAAGCCGACAGAGAAUCGCGCGACGAAGAAGAAAAGCGGACAAAAAUGAGAGAGCUACAAGCAGGACGGCAGUUGCAAUUCAACGAGACUCAAGAAAAACGCGUCCGCGAGAAACAAGAACGCGAAGAAAUUGGAAAACGAAUCCGUGAAGAAAGCCGGCGGGCCAUUGAGGCUAUGGAAGCGCAAGAAGAACAAAAACGGCUACGUCUUCGAGAAGAGAAACAGACAAUGAUGCGGCAGCUGGAUGAAGAAGUGCGUCUCAACAAACUGAGGCUUGAGAGUGAGCGCAUGGAAGAGAAGGCUGCACUAGCUCAGGCAACUGUGUACGAGAAACGCGAGGCCAUCGUGAAAGAGCGAGAAACAUAUCUUCGGCAAGAAGAAGCGAGAGCGCGAGAAGAACGUAUACAGGAUCUUUCCUGGCGUCUCGAAAAACUAAAAGAAGAAGAGGCACGGCGUCUGGCGUGCGACGUAGAACGGCAGCAAGCAAAAGAAGCAGCUCGGGCAGACGAGGAGAAGAGGAAGCGUGAGGAGCUGUACCGGUUGAUGUCGCAAGACCGGGUAAAUCAAAUCAAACGGAAGGAGGAAGCAGUGGAAAAGCAGAAGAGGGAAGACGCCGAGCUCACGCGAAACUACCUGGAGGCGUCUAAAGAUGCUGACGCCAAGGAGCGCAGAGCAGCCAAAGAGAGGAAGCAGGCGAUGCGCGAGGUCGCUCAGAUUCAAAUACAGCAGAUGCGCGAAGCCAGGCGGCAACGAGCUCAGGAGAGAGAAGACGAAAAGACGGCCUUCAAUGACGCCCUCAUAAAACUCGUAGAACAGGAAGCAAGAGUGGAUGAGUACGCGGCACGGUGUAUUGGAAAUGCCGUACGCGAAGGCCAAAGUCCUGCCCCGAUUGCUGCCUCAAUGAACCGAUAUCUCGUCGCCUCUGGCGCAAAACCGACCAGAAACGCUUCUCAGCAGAGGACAAGCAAUAUCUUCAAUGUGCACGUCGGCCCGGAUAGUGAUGGUGAAUGGGAGGCGACGCAGAAGUGA